AUCAACGAAACCAAGAGGAUAUAUAUGAAUGCCUCUCUUCAAUAACCUUGCAUCUCAUCAAUCAUCAUCAUAUCUCGUAUAUUGUUUGAACAAAUGGCAGAGCCUAGUGCACAUAAGCUUGUUGAGAAAUCUGAGGUUACUCCAGCAGUGACAACAACCACCUCUCUUCCCCUCACAUUCCUAGAUUUGCCUUUGACAGGUCCUAUUUAUGUGAGACGCCAAUUCUUCUAUCACUUUUCCCACCCAACACACAUUUUCUACCAAACUACACUUCCCUCUCUCAAACACUCUCUCUCUCUUACACUUGAACGUUUCUUCCCUCUUGCUGGAAAUCUCCUCUGUCCUCCACCACCCCACAAGCCCUUCAUUCGUUGCACCGAUCAUGACUCUGUCACCUUAACCAUCAUCGAGUCCAGAGAUGAUUUCAACCAUCUUUCCUCAAACCACCCCAAAAGUCUCAAGGACUUGGAUCACUUGGUUCCAAAGUUAACAUGCACAAACACGCAUGAUGGCAAGUUCGUUUUCCCAUUGUUGGCCUUGCAAGUCACGGUUUUCCCCAACCGUGGCCUUUGCAUAGCCAUCACUUAUUGCCACAUGAUGGAUGAUAGGUGUUGCAGCCAUUUCAUGAAGUCUUGGUCUUCCAUCUGUCUAAGCGGUGGCGUUGACUUGACACUUGUGGAGAAGUCUCCACCUUGCUUUGAUAGGGAAGUGUUGAAGGACCCCAAGGGACUCGAGGCUAUUUUCUUGGGAAACUAUUUUGAAGAGAGGUCAACUUGGAAGGACAAACUCGUAGGUAAGACAACCACUACUUCUGAGAUUUCCACUGGAAAUAAUGAAGAUUAUGCCAAAGCAACAAUUGUGUUUGGAAGAGAUGAUAUCGAGGGGCUGAAAAGAUAUGUGCUGAAUCAGAGGAAAGAAAAAGAUGAAUUCAAAGCACCACAAUAUCUAUCAAAAUUUGUGGUGACGUGUGCUUUCGUGUGGGUUAGCUUAGUGAAAGCAAAACAUAGAGAUGAUGAUAAUGAUGAAGAAGGAGAAGAGGUAAAAGAGGAGUACUUUCGUUUUGCAGCAGAUUGUAGAGAUCGCUUUGAGUACCCUGUACCGGCAACGUACUUCGGAAAUUGCUUAACAAAAUGUUAUGCAGUGCUCAAGAGAAAGGAGCUCAAGGGAGAAGGUGGUUUUUUGAAGGCGGUGAAGGCUAUUGCAAGAGCAAUAACUGAUAUGAAAACUGAACCUCUUAAAGGUGCAGAAAAUUGGAGGGCAUUAUUGAGGAAGAUAUCUGUAUUGGGAAAUACGGUACUAGUUACAGGGUCACCUAACUUCACUGUUUAUGAGACUGAUUUUGGGUUUGGAAAACCUACCAAAGUCGAGAUGGUACAUUCCCCUAAGUGCAUGUCUCUUGCUGAAAGUGGGGACAAAGAAGGAGGAUUAGAGCUUGGCUUGGUUUUUAGAAGUGGGGAAUUUGAAUAUUUCAUUUCUGUCAUUGAGCGAGGACUCGCAACAUUAAAAUCCUAAAUGAUUGUGUAUGUUGUUUCCUAUUGUGCUUUCUUAUUAACUCAUUAGACAUGUAGUGUGCGAUUCAGUAAAGGACAACAUGGGGGGUUGCUACUUUUUUAUUUGACGGUGGUAGUGAUGGUGGUGAAAGCAUGUUCAGUAUGCAUGGGACUUGGAAUAAAAAUUUCUUUUCUCGCAUCUUGUUUUCAUUUUGAGCUUAAAUAUUGUUGUACCACCACCGAGGUCCACCGAGGUCAUA